GCCAGAGGAACAUUCUCUCUUCAGAGCAGGAAUCAAAACAAGAGAGGGACUCGCCUUCCUCAUGGUGUACCUCUGCUGUCAAGAUUGCCUGCGCACAUCUGGAGGAUGAUGAUGUUCGAACUGUAACAUCUGCAUCCCCCGUGCAUUACAGUUCGCAGUGAAUUCGCCAAGCACCCUCGACAUGAUAUCCGCAGAAAUGCUCGGUGGCGGUCGCUGACAGGCUGCAUUCAUACUGAGCACACCAUUAUGCCCAACCAAAAAAGUAACAAGGGGAAGAGAAAUAAACGCACGAACAGUAGCGGGGACGAGCAAGAAAAUGGAGCCUCUGCGUCUGCGGUUACAGGAGGAAUUGCCACGGUGUUGAUUGGAGCGACAGCGGGUCCGCCGAGCGACAAUAGAAGUGGUAAGAACGUCACUUCAGUGAACGUUCUACCAAAUGAAAGUCAUACUGGUUUGGAACGAUAUGAGGAGGCCCCAUGUGCCACCCCAUUAGUGUGCAGUCUGGGCCGUCCCAUUGACCUUGAGAAGGACGACUACCAGCGUGUGGUGUGCAACAGUGAACUCUGCCCUUACAGCAAUUGGAUGCACCUGCAGUGCUUCUAUGAGUGGGAGAGCAGCAUCCUGGUACAGUUCAACUGCAUCGGCCGGGCCCGCAGCUGGAACGAGAAGCAGUGCCGACAGAACAUGUGGACCAAAAAGGGCUACGAUCUGGCCUUCCGUUUCUGCUCCUGCCGCUGCGGCCAGGGACACCUUAAAAAAGACACGGACUGGUACCAGGUGAAACGCAUGCAGGACGAGCGCAAGAAAAAGUUGCCGGAGAAAGGGAACGGGAAGCCCAGCUGUUCUGCCUCCGGAGGUGGCGCUUGCGGUGGAGGUGGUCUGGAAGCUGCCGAUGAGCCUAAGAAAGGGAAAUCAUCUGCAAGCCAUAAGCUAGCGCAUCGUGGCUCCAGUCAGGAACUGUCUCACAGACAAUCAGCAGAUUGGCAGAACUCUCAGGAGAGAUGUCACGCUGGUCCUCCCAAUGCCGUCGGCGGGGUUUCCCACGGGCUCCGGUCCCCUUGCGAAUCCCCCACUCAGUCCCCUCCUUCAGGCUUCUCCUCCUUUUUCCCCCAGUCCCUCAGUGGCCCGCGGAGUUCGAGGCACCUGGGUGAGUUUCUUAAGAACGCGGUUCAUACGGAAGGCCACAGGAAGCAUUUGCUGUCCGGAGGUGGUGUGGCACGUGGCGGGGCUCAACUUGAGCAGGGAGCCGCUAACAUGUGCCUCCCUCGGCUUUCUCCCGGAGACAACCCUGUGCAGUUCUUAAGGAGGCUGGAUCUUUCUGAGCUGCUCGCGCACAUUCCCCGCCACAAGCUUAACACCUAUCAUGUGCGAAUGGAGGACGAUGCCCAGGCCGGGCAGGGAGAGGAUCUCAGGAAGUUCAUCCUCUCUGCGCUCAGUGCGAGUCACCGCAAUGUGGUGAACUGUGCCCUCUGCCAUCACACCCUGCCCAUCUUUGAGCAGUUCCCUUUAGUGGAUGGAACGCUGUUCCUGAGCCCUUCACGCCAUGAUGAAAUUGAGUACGAUGUACCUUGCCAUUUACAAGGGAGGUUGAUGCACCUUUAUGCCAUCUGUGUGGACUGCCUGGAAGGAGUGCACAAAAUCGUGUGUAUAAAGUGCAAGUCCAGGUGGGAUGGAAGCUGGCACCAGCUGGGCACAAUGUACACAUAUGACAUACUGGCUGCAUCACCAUGCUGCCAGGCCCGGCUGAACUGCAAGCAUUGUGGGAAACCUGUCAUAGAUGUACGUGUGGGCAUGCAGUAUUUCUCUGAGUACAGCAAUGUACAGCAGUGUCCUCACUGUGGCAAUCUGGACUAUCACUUUGUAAAGCCAUUCUCCUCGUUCAAAGUUCUCGAAGCUUAUUGACAAAAGUUGCAUUUGCAUGCUAGUAUUUUUCCCUGUUUUUUCUAUUGAUAGAAUUACUUAUUUUGGGCUCUUGUCGACACUUUGUGUGGAAUUAGUUCUCUUUAGGAACAAAAUAGAAAGAAUCAAAGCAUACGAUGCUGAUCGUCAAAGAGCGUGUCUUUUAUUAAGAGAAAAAGGGUGUGCUUUUGUGUAUAUACUGACGCCAUCCUUGAAAUGUUUGAGCUUGCAUUUAAAAAACAAAGCAACAAUACUGUGACAAGUGAAUGUAUCUCUGUAUGCCAAAUUUGCUCUUUUGUACAAAACAAAACAAAACAAGAAAACAAUAAAAUACAUAAAAGGAUCCUUCUUUUUCACAGAGUAAUUAUUAAUUAUUCUAUGGCUUGGUCAGUUAUCUUUUUGAUCUCAAUCUCACCCACCCAGGGCCUGUCUGCAUAAUUCCUGUUUUCCAUAUCAAAUAGCUAUGCUCAAUGAACAUCAUUAUUGCAGAUGAAGCAGCUUCUUUGCUAAAAUGAGGAGGCACUCUCAUGUGGACAACCUUUGG